AUGGUCUGUGCUGUUUCUUCGGAAAACCAUCAGUCAUCUGACAAACUUUUGCUGCCUCCUUUACGGCCUUGCGACGGAGGUAAAAAGUGCCUUAUAAUUGAUCUGGAUGAAACAUUGGUGCAUUCAUCGUUCAAGCCGGUGAAGAAUCCAGAUUUCGUGAUACCGGUCGAAAUCGAUAACGUAAUUCAUCAGGUUUAUGUAUCAAAACGGCCCUAUGUUGACGAAUUUCUGGAAAGGAUAGGUGAUAAAUUUGAAUGUGUCUUGUUCACCGCCAGUCUUGCUAAGUAUGCCGACCCGGUGGCCGAUCUGUUGGAUAAGCGUGGUGUGUUUCGAGCGCGGUUGUUCCGAGAAGCUUGUGUAUUUCAUAAGGGUAAUUAUGUGAAGGAUCUGACAAGGUUGGGGCGUGAUUUAAAAAAGGUGAUUAUUGUGGAUAAUUCACCCGCCAGUUAUGCCUUUCAUCCUAAUAACGCAAUCCCAGUGCAGACGUGGUUUGAUGAUGUGAACGAUAUGGAACUGCUAGAUAUAAUCCCGGUGCUGGAGCAACUUGCUGAAGUGGACAGCAUUUACAGUGUACUGAGAAAUAGUAACGAGGAUAUCCACCAGAGUUUCGCGUCGGAGCAGAAUGAAACUAGUAGGUCUCCUUGA